GCACUCUCGCCAAGUCCCUAGGUAGACCCCGGGAUUCAAAUUAUGACCUUUGACGAGAGGUUUUAGGCGCUCUGAACCAAUGAUGGUCGGUGUUUUUCGCGACGUCACAGAAUGAUCUCCUGUGACCGUAGGUCAAGAUUUAUCAUCAACGAUCCAAGAGCCCAUUUCACUCGAUGCGGCUAACGACGCUAGACGUUCAGGAGGAUCGACUAUCUUUUUUCCGCACUUUCAAAGUUGGAAUAAUUUUUACCCUUGGCUUAAAUCUGGCUGGAUGUGAUGAUCCAGAUGUAGUUGUUUUCGAAGAACUGAUAUAAAGGCAGCGACAUGGAUCUGUGGAUUAUUGGACGAGAUAAACGAAAUUUGGUAGGUCUUUACGUUUCUCUCUCAUGAAAAGUGUCUAAUUUUUCUAUUUCCAAAUGAUGAUUACCAAUAAGCGGGAAACAUGUUUAAAUGUCUCAAAAGAACAUCUACCACAUGGAACCAAUUCAUUGUUAAACAUAUUUAAAAAUGGCAACACUCACUGUUAAUUGCUCUCCGCACUUAUUAUAACUGAUCUCGUACACGCACGGAAAUGAGUCUUGUUUCGAGUAGUAUGUUUUUAGUAACUGGGGCAAUGACACAACCAUUAGUCCAUCCGUAGAAUGUAAAAACGUUACAAGCACUCCUGGUCAUUUGGUCACCGUGAACCCAACAGAGUUGAGUGAAAAUUCUACAGAUAUCUCGGAAAAUACAACCACUGCAUCGUACAAUGUGACGGAUGUUUCCACAAGUACGACCAACGAGGCGACAUCUGCCGCUCAAACUGCAAACUCCGCGACCACUCCCAUGGAUGAAACUACCUCCAGGGCGGUGGAUGGAGACGGAGCGACGACUACUUCAGCCAACACAACUGAUGAUGAUAUACAAACAGCAAUCCCGCCCGAAAGAGAUCAUGGCAGCCCCGCACCCGGAGCCAAUUUCAGCACUGACAGUGAUUUGUUACCACGUCACACAGCAGAUGGCGCGAACGUCAGCUGGACGCGAAACAACACCGGCUUUCCCACCGCAGAUGUGGGAGGGGAGGAGAGUGCGUUUGGAACUGGUCCAAACACAACAACACUUGGAGAAGCGUGGAACAUAACAGAGCCUCCUUUUGAAUUCGAAUGGGGCAAUGACACAACCAUUAGUCCAUCCGUAGAAAGUAAAAACGUUACAAGCACUCCUGGUCAUUUGGUCACCGUGACCCCAACAGAGUUGAGUGAAAAUUCUACAGAUAUCUCGGAAAAUACAACCACUGCAUCGUACAAUGUGACGGAUGUUUCCACAAGUACGACCAACGAGGCGACAUCUGCCGCUCAAACUGCAAACCCCGCGACCACUCCCAUGGAUGAAACUACCUCCAGGGCGGUGGAUGGAGACGGAGCGACGACUACUUCAGCCAACACAACUGAUGAUGAUAUACAAACAGCAAUCCCGCCCGAAAGAGAUCAUGGCAGCCCCGCACCGGGAUCCAAUUUCAGCAAUGACAGUGAUUUGAUACCGCGUCCCACAGCAGAUGGCGCGAACGUCAGCUGGACGCAAAACAACACCGGCUUUCCUACCGCAGAUGUGGGAGGGGAGGAGAGUGCGUUUGGAACUGGUCCAAACACAACAACACUUGGAGAAGCAUGGAACAUAACAGAGCCUCCUUUUGAAUUCGAAUGGGGCAAUGACACAACCAUUAGUCCAUCCGUAGAAAGUAAAAACGUUACAAGCACUCCUGGUCAUUCGGUCACCGAGACCCCAACAGAGUUGAGUGAAAAUUCUACGACCAGUACGACCAACGAGGCGACAUCUGCCGCUCAAACUGCGAAUCCCGCGACCACGUCCAUGGAUGAAACUACCUCCAGGCCGGUUGAUGGAGGCGGAACGACGACUACUUCAGCCAACACAACUGAUGAUGAUAUACAAACAGCAAUCCCGCCCGAAAGAGAUCAUGGCAGCCCCGCACCCGGAGCCGAUUUCAGCACUGACAGUGAUUUGAUACCACGUCACACAGCAGAUGGCGCGAACGUCAGCUGGACGCAAAACAACACCGGCUUUCCUACCCCAGAUGUGGGAGGGGAGGAGAGUGCGCAUGGAACUGGUCCAAACACAACAACACUUGGAGAAGCAUGGAACAUAACAGAGCCUCCUUUUGAAUUCGAAUGGGGCAAUGACACAACCAUUAGUCCAUCCGUAGAAAGUAAAAACGUUACAAGCACUCCUGGUCAUUUGGUCACCGUGACCCCAACAGAGUUGAGUGAAAAUUCUACAGAUAUCUCGGAAAAUACAACCACUGCAUCGUACAAUGUGACGGAUGUUUCCACAAGUACGACCAACGCAGCGACAUCUGCCGCUCAAACUGCAAACCCCGCGACCACUCCCAUGGAUGAAACUACCUCCAGGGCGUUGGAUGGAGACGGAACGACGACUACUUCAGCCAACACAACUGAUGAUGAUAUACAAGCAGCAAUCCCACCCGAAAGAGGUCAUGCGCUCCUUGUUAUUGUUAUAGCCGUCAUCAUCCCAGCGCUCCUCAUCAUCACAGUUGCAAGUAUCAUUAUCGUUAGGCGGCGAGUUAAGAGCACGUACUCGGUUCAGGAUGCGGUGGUUGAUAGUCAGAUGAGGGUCAUCAGGUCCAACAAGGACGAUGCAGACUGGGAGUUACAGAUGAGGACCCAGUCCUAUUAUGGCCGCACAGAUCCUUAACUCUUAAGGGACUGGGAGUUACAGAUGAGAGCCCAGUCCUAUUAUGGCCGCACAGAUCCUAAACUCUUAAGGGACUGGGAGUUACAGAUGAGAUCCUAGUCCUAUUAUGGCCGCACAGAUCCUUGACUCCUUAGGGACUUGGAGUUACAGAUGAGGACCCAGUCCUAUUAUGGCCGCACAGAUCCUUAACUCGUAAGGGACUGGGAGUUACAGAUGAGGACCCAGUCCUAUUAUGGCCGCACAGAUCCUUAACUCGUAAGGGACUGGGAGUUACAGAUGAGGACCCAGUCCUAUUAUGGCCGCACAGAUCCUUAACUCUUAAGGGACUGGGAGUUACAUAUGAGGACCCAGUCCUAUUAUGGCCGCACAUAUCCUUAACUCUUAAGGGACUGGGAGUUACAGAUGAGGGCCCAUUCCUAUGUUUUAUGUUUCCAGUUUUAUGUUGAAUUGAAUCUGUAAUGUAAUGUACCAUAUCGAUAAAUUGUGUAAUUCGUGAAUAGAACAGACUGUGGUCAAAGGGUCACACCGUGGGACUCUUGUAUUAGUAUGUACAAAAUAUGCAUAGAUCAUGUGGAAAAGUUGCACUGAAGACAACCAAUGGUAAAAGAGGACCUGUGUGCAUAAUAGCAUUCCGCGAAGUUACUAUUUAUAGCUCACAAGGUCAUUUGCAUAAGAUAUUGAUGACGUUUUAGUCACGUGACAGUCGGACAUCGACACUUAUUUCUACGCAUUUGAGCUUAUUUCAAAGUCAAUUAUCUUUGACCCUGCAUUGUUUUUAGCAUGAAUGAUACCAUAGAGUCAGAGAGAGAAAUAUUCAGAACAAUCAUGUAGUAUUUCCAACACUCGGACAUGUGCCAGAUUGAAUCUAACUGCCCUUGUUAGAAAGCCUGAAUCCAUUACGAAACCGCAUGUUUGUCCGACAUUGCCUGUACUUCAGCGAUGGGGAAAUAGAGGGCAGGAGCUGCAGUGACGUCAUCUUCGCGGAAUGCUAUUGUAGGCCUAUAGUCGAUAUAACACACGUAAUAAUCACCCGGAGUCAAAUAUCCAUUCGGAAGUUGAUACAUACUCGAUUUACAAUCAUGUACAACAAACACUAGAAAUGAUCA